CCCGCCAUCACUCGCCACUCCAAAUCUUGAUCGACUAUGCAGCCCACUGCCUCUCAUCCUGACCCUCACUCUGAAUGGGAUGAUCUGUCUGCUCUUUGGAGUGACAAACCGCAGAAACCGUUGCGCGAGCGCCACCUUACCUUCCGCACCAUCAUCCCGGACGGUGUCCGCCUCCACGACAGGAGUGUCAAGCACCGGUACAAAAAAGCGCCUACCGCCUAUCUGCUUGGGUACUUGGUAACGCCUAACGACAUCUACCAAAUGCUUAAGCAGAGAGGGAAAGCAUCGGACGACGUUCAGCGCACUCUCGACCGGUACCUCAAAUGGGUCAAAGAGCAGACCAAAAUCACAUGGGGAAGUGGGCUACGGAAGGUGGACGUCGACGGGAAGGAGAUGUGGCUCUUCUACAUUGCGAAGGCCUUGUGCAGGGAGGAUAUACUCGCGAUAGAUCAGUCAUACCGCGACGGCCUUCGACGCUUGAUCGGCGCCACCGAGGAGCCCAUGCUCAUCAUCUACCACCAUCCCAAGCGCUUCAUCUGUUGACGGCGCCUGCACCCAUUCACAUCAUCUUCCCUUUCACCAUUGUUGGGCGCGGCAUGGUUGCUCGCCGCCGAGUCGGACUCUAUGGAACGGUUCUCCUUGGUCGCAUCUCCUAUAUCAUGUAUCAUACCCUCAUGCUGCGUAUCCUAUACCACGUCUUGUCAUCGUCACAGAUUAUGCGUUACCUCGAUGGCGACUUGAAUGCGUCCUCCACCACCCAAGAUUUGACACUGCGCCCGCUUCCGCUUCCGCUUCCGUUUACUGUAUAUACCACGAGAAAGUUCUUUGAGAAGGGAGGUGGACUCGAGAUCUCAUCCGUCUGCGCGCGGUCAUCCAAUCCUCUUGUCCUCGUUCGUUGGAUAUUGCGGGCCUUCGGGAAUCGACGGC